AUGUCAUUGUACGAGCUCCUUCCGAGGGGCCUCACCGUGCCCAAUGACACUCGAGUUGGAUCUGGCCGUGAUGGCUCUGACGGCGGUACUCUAAGCACGGCAAAUGGCAACAAGUCGAAUUCUCUGUCUAAACUUGGUGCUACUUUUGCUCCUGUUGCUAUCUAUCUGGGUCUUUGCUUGGCCCUAUUCCUUUUGCUGCGGCCUCGUUCUAGGCGAGUUUAUGCUCCAAGAACUAUUCCCAGUCUUCGAUACCCAGAGAAGCCUACUCCUGAAUUGCCUUCUGGUCUCUUCAACUGGAUCAUACCCUUCCUCAAGAUUCCAGACACCUACGUCCUCAACAAUGGCUCUCUUGAUGCCUACUUUUUCCUCCGCUAUCUCAAAGUUUUACGAAAUAUUAGCCUCGUUGGCUGCUGUAUCGUCUGGCCAAUUCUCCUCCCAGUACACGGCACUGGCGGUAAUAGUCUUACACAGCUUGACCUCCUGACCAUUGGAAACGUUGUCUCCGGAUCUACAAGACUUUGGGCCCAUGCCAUAGUUGCUUGGUUAUUCUUUGUUGAAGGCUUUGUGCUCUUUACAAUUGUCCGAGAGUGUAUCUACUUUGUCAACCUGCGUCAGGCAUACCUUUCAUCGCCUUAUUACGCCGAUCGACUGUCGUCCAAAACGUUGCUCUUGCUGUGUAUCCCCAAGCCUUACCGCGAUGAGGCUCGACUCCGAAAGCUCUACGGCGAUUCUGCGAAGCGCAUCUUCCUACCCCGCACAAGUAAAGAUCUUGCGAAUCUGGUCAAAGAGAGAGAACAGACGGCUAUGCGACUAGAGAAAGCUGAAAUUGAUCUUAUCAAGAAAGCCAACGCCGCGCGGAACAAAUAUCUUCGCAAGAACCCACAAUCCGCCAAUGUGCUUUAUCAAACUACUAGAAAAGAGACCGAGACUUCCUCAAAUAAUGAGAUAACCACUCUGGAUAGUGGCGAAACCGUCCGGCAACCCAAUAGUCCGCUCGAGGUAACCCUGCCUGGGUCCCAACUUGGAGUGGAUAUAGAGAAUCAGGCAGGCUAUACUAGCGUUGAGGGGAGCCCAAAGCAGGUCAAUCUCGAGGAAGAGGAAGAACUUAAAGCAGAAGACUUGGACUAUGUGCAUCCAUAUGGCCUCAGACCCAACUUGCCGGACGUCAGAGGCUCCGUUGCAGCCCAAUGGAUACCAGCAGAAGCCCGGCCACAUCAUCGGCCAAUCGGUAACUUUGGCCGUCGAGUUGAUACAAUCAGGUGGACUCGCAAUAGACUCAAGGAGCUUAACAUACAAAUUUUCAAAUUGCGACGCCAAAUCAAGCGAGGCGAUGUUGAGCCUCUUCCGGCCGCGUUUAUAGAAUUCGAUACUCAGGAGGCUGCCCAUGCCGCACAGCAAGUUGUUGUGCACCAUUUACCGCUGCAGAUGGCCCCCGGGCUGCUCGGUAUUCGCCCGGACGAGGUCAUAUGGGAAUCUCUGCGGAUGAAAUGGUGGGAACGUAUUAUUCGACGCCUGUUGAUUCUCAGUGGCAUCACCGCCGCCAUCAUCUUCUGGUCCAUUCCCUCCGCAUUUAUUGGCAUAGCAUCCCAACUGGACUUUUUAACCGAAAAGAUUCCCUUUCUUCACUGGAUCAACAAGUUGCCUAGUUUUAUAAUAGGCGUUAUUAGCGGUCUUCUUCCACCAUUCGCCUUGUCUGUGCUCAUGGCGCUGGUGCCGAUUUUGUUGAGAAUUUGCGCUGCUCAGGCUGGCAUUCCGUCACUGAUCAUUGGAGAAUUUUUUACGCAAAACGCAUACUUUGCGUUCCAAGUCGUUCAAGUCUUCUUGGUCACUACCAUCACUUCGGCCGCCUCAGGUGCACUCCAGGACAUUAUUGAAAACCCGCUGGGUAUCCAAUCACUUCUCGCACAGAACCUGCCCAAGGCGUCGAAUUUUUACCUGUCGUACAUCUUGGUUCAAUGCUUAGCGACUGGUGGUACCCAGCUGCUGCAAUUGUUUUCCUUGAUUCGGCACCACAUCGUGGCAAAAACGUCAGAUGUGCCCAGGAGACGAUUCACAACCUGGCGUAAGCUUCGGCCAGCUCGUUGGGGCGGCAUCUUUCCAGUGUUUACAAACAUGGGAGUGAUCGCACUUUCAUAUGCCUGUAUUGCGCCGUUGAUCCUGAUCUUUAGCGCGGGAGGCAUGGCUUUUAUUGGACUUGUUUGGAAGUACAACUUGAUUUAUGUUUUCGACACUACAACAGACAGCAAGGGUCUCUUCUAUCCGCGCGCCCUACAGCAGUUAAUUAUUGGCCUUUACCUGGCAGAAAUCUGUCUGAUUGGCCUCUUAAUUUUGAAUCGUGCAUUUGGACCCAUGGGUAUUGUCAUCACCCUCCUUGGUCUAACGGGCUUGGUUCAUUUCCUGCUUAGAGAUGCUAUUUUGCCUCUCAUGUGGAACUUGCCGCAGACGUUGGCAGUGGAGGAACAGAUCCAAGAAGAAGAAAAGGCAAAACUUGCAGUCCACAACGACGAUGGGGAAGCACAUGGAAAUGACGCCGGCGGUGCGGCUGCAAGCUACUUUGACGUGGAACAAGCAUUUGGAGACGAAGAAGAGGUCGAGAUAGAAGAGAUUGACGAAGACGAUCACCACGUUGUUUCCAACAGGGGUCUCGAAGGCGCCAGCAGUAUUCGAAUGGCUCUAACAGCGUGGAUGAAGUCUGCUGCCAUAGAAAAAGUCAAGACUGAGAUGGAAAGGUCCGGGCUGAACGCGAUGCUGGACAAGAUGUUUGCAUUUGCGAAGAGUGGAGAUGGAGAAGGGCCUCCUGGCUUUCUUGCCAAAUGGCUGCACCCAGAGGAGCACGAAGACUUUGUGGCAUUACGCAAACUGAUUCCCAACGAGGAACGGCCGCCUAUUUCGUACACGAACGGAGACAAAUACGCUACCUACCAGCCCCCGGAGCUCUGGACGCCGAAGCCAAGCCUCUGGAUACCAAGGGAUGAGGCUAGAGUGAGCCGACAGGAGGUGGCACAUACUCGGCUUUCCACGCCGAUAUCUGAUUUGGGAGCAACAUUGAACGAAAAGGGACGGAUUACUGUUGAUUUAGACGCAGCUCCAUUUGAAGAGCAUAGGAUGAUAUUAUAG